AUGGCAGCGAGCAGCGGCGGUGUCGAGUGGACCUCGAUAAUCAAACCAAUUUUGGCCGCUUCGUACGGCUCGUUGAGCAAGUUGGACGUUUCUAAUUUCGUCAAAGGAAUCAUCCGAAGUGAAUCUGAUUUUGAGAGUCAUGAUGCAGAAUAUGAACCGUUCUACACAGCCUUCAGCAUUUUGGCUGCAGAAUAUCUCAGUUCUGGGGCUGACAGUUUGGAGAAAAGCCAGGUCUCGAGUGUGGCCCAUGCUUCGAAAAUUCUUCUGCACUUUCUGGUCGAGCGACUCAGCCGACUUGAGGCGGAUGAUGGUCACAUGGCCCGUCUGCUUCUUCUGGCAGUGCAGGGUUUGUGUCAGAGCAAAAGCACCCUCCAGGUGGCAGAUCGCCUUGCCCUGACGGCCGACAUGAAGGUGGCAAGACUGCCUGGACCGUCGAAGGCCGGCAGCCAGGAAAAAGAGGCCGAGCCUUUGAAAAGACCUCGCUCAGACCUGACGGCCGCAAUCCUGGAACAACUGACCACACCCUUGAGUCCUUCAGCUGCGGUGGACUCGGCUGAAAGUACAAAAGAGGCGGCUGAGACUGAGGCACACAACCAGUUUGUGCGCAAAAAUGUGAUCAGCUUGAAAGCCCUUAAUGCCUCUGACCGAAUUUUGAAUGUCUGCCUCGGCCUGGGCAGCCUCAAACCUUACCUCUCUAGUGAAGAAAAAACUUUGACAUCCCAAGAUGCUAUGCAAAUCAAACAGCACUCAGCAACCCUGCUUGCUGAAGUCUCUUUGGUUCACACCGCUCUAGCGCUUCCCAUUCUUGAGCCUCUGAACUCGGAAAAAGUUAACAAGUUGGCAAAACUCAGCAAAGCUUGUCUGCAAGCAGCCGUUUCGUGUGCUUCGUCAGCCGUUCUGCUCAACGCCAACCAAGCAACAGCCAAAGGAAAAGAGGAGGAUUUAGACCCGUCAAUGGUUGGUGUGGUGGAGAAAGCCAUUGAAGUAGCAGACAUUGUGUCUGCAGCACUGGCCUCAUCAAAGCAUGUUGAGAAAGGCACCCUGCAAAAUGUGGAGGCGCACUGGGCUGCUGUUCUUCUCCAUGGACUUUGGCAGCAGGUCUCUGCAACUUACGAACACCGACAGCAAGAAAAAGGAAAAUCGCCGAGUCGUGCAACCUCUGGCAGACUGAACCUGCAGAAAGUGCAGCAAGGUUUCAGUGUUCUGUCUGUGGCUCUUGCAGGCCACGCCCUCAAACUUUGCACCCACCUUAUGGCGGAUCUUGAUGAAGACGACAAAGAACCAGUCGAAGGUCCACUGCUUGACCCUGAGGACCUAUGCGCCAAGCAUACAGCAGGGGAAAGAGUUGCCUACCUUCUUAAUGCGGCACCUUUGCUGCAACUGCUGCACUACUUGGCCAUCAUUUCAUAUAGGAAGGCGUACACAUUGAAAAAGGCACUCAAACCAACCAAUGAAGAGGACACUGUCAGUUUCUCAGACUCCACAAUAUACAAUGGAGACGACUUCAGCUUUUCCGAGGAUAGUUCCGAAGACGAGGAUAGUGAGCCCAUCUUAGGUCUGUGGCUGGAGAAGACUCUUGCUCCAAAAGUAAUAUCAGAAGGCAGUGAAGCUGAGGGAGAGCGUGAUGAUUCAAAAAGUGGCCAACAGGCAGCCAUCUCCUCAUCAUCAGGACUUCAGAGCUCGGUCGUGCCUGAAAAGGGUGAACCUCACGGCUACAUUCAGUUGGCUAGUGAAGUCUUCAACUUCCUGACGGCCAACUUGGUGUGCUCCACCAGCGGUUUGAUACGUUCAAAUGUUGCCACCAACUUCAGCGAGCAACACACGGUCAUCCUGGCUGCCAUCAUUAGAGACUUGGACAGAGAAACUGCGAGGACCAAGACAGGCUCCAUUCCUGCCUACUUCGGUGCAAGUCUUGGUGCCCUUUAUUUCAAAUUCAGCCACCACCUGACGCUUUACACCCAUAACCUGCUAGCCACGUCUGUUUUGCCAGAUGCUCUGCAAAUCUCCUUGCUCAGCCAUCUUGGUGUCAACCCUACUCCGCAGGAGCAACCGUGGCCAUUACAGGUAUAUCCUCGAGCAUUGGCUGUGCUCUCCCAGUUUAUUGUGAUGAAGAAACAGCCUGACCAAGAAGCUUUGAUUUUGCGAAUUUGGAGCCGUCUGAUCAACACUUUGCUUGAAUGUGUCACAAGUCCUGCAGAGCAAGUUGACUCAGAGAAUGAAGAUUUGAAUGUUGAGCACGCCCAGCUGCUGCUCUUCUUUUUCCAUUACCUAAGUCUGCUGCAAAAGAAGUCUGUCUUACUUCAGGUGUCCAGUGGCCUCAUCAAAUGUGGCGAGCUGUUAGCAGAAAAAGUUUCUACGUUGAGGGAAAGCCAGUUGCUCCACACAGCUCGACUCAUCCACCUGUUCGAACACUUGAUGCGUCACCUGUACGAGGCACCCUCUGUGCUCUUGGAGCAAAUCAAAUGGAACUUGUUUAGCGCCACAGGCUUAGUGCCUGCUGACAAGGGGUCAAAAAUUGCAUCAAGGAUGUUCUGUCCUUCUCAGGAUGUGGUAGAUAACAUGACCAAAGGAGCAGGUCAAGAGGACUCUGGAAUGAGACCCAGAUACUACAGUCUGACCUCUCUUGAAAUGAACCACGAAGAGUGUCCAAAAUUGGACGGGCUGGCUUGCAAUUUUGUUCUUGCCACUCCAGAAAAACUCAAAUACCCUGCUCUUGUCGACGCUUUGAUCAAUCUGCUAGGCGUCUUGCACAAAUGCGACUCCAGCUGGUGCCGCAAAGGCCAGUCUACGUCUCUCCUGUGCACAGUUCAGUACCUGUUCUGCAGCGCCUGGCGCAUGCUUCUUUUGCUGCCUCCGUCAGCCCCAUUUGUGAGCCAAUUGGGAGUGGGUGCUGACCCCAGCGAUGUCCCUCUGUUGCUGUACACGCUUGUCUGGGGUCCCAGAACAGGCUGCACAGUCUUCUCUUCAUACAUCAAAGACAAUUUGAUAAAACAGGGAAUACUUCCUGCCAAUGUGGAUACACUGCUUAAAACAGUCAGUUCAACACAGACCAGCCUGCAUUACACAGCCACUGUAGCUCGAUCUGUUCUAUCUGCGUUCCGAUCCAAGUAUCUUCAGGCUUCUGGCUCUCCGUCUCUUCACUUGUCAGAUGUGAUAGCGGUUGAUGUAGUCCUUGCUAAACUGCUAGGCCACUUGCAUGAUCCAAAGCAGCAAGCGGCCGUCGAGACAGCCAUCAGUCUUUUGCCUGACUUGCUUGCUGUGUUGGCUCACAUCUCUGGGGCCAUCAGGAAAGGUGUCCUUGCCUAUGUUGAAGAGAGCAACGAGUGGCUUCUAGACGUGUUGGCCGUGGCAUCAUCGCAAAACACGCACACUGCAAAUUUGACGCUGGGUCUACGGACUCUACUACCUGCUUCAGUUCGCUCGGCUCUAGACAGAUGGAACAGCACAAAAGCAUCCUACGUCCCUGGAUCUGCGUAUGCAACUGACCAACUCCCAGCAGAAAGCCAUUUGUUGAGUGUUCUGAACAAUCAUGUGUCUAAGUUGUACAGAUGUGACUCCUGUUUGACCAAUGAAUCCCUGAAGCACCUCACACAUGCCCUUGUCACAUUCUCAUCCGACUUGGCCACCAAACUCGGCCCUGGAGAUCUGGCACUUCGUCAGCAAAUUGUGGCUGCUCUUUUGCCGGUGUCACAAGAUGCCUGUGCUGAAUAUCUUUUUGAACUCCUGAGCGCCGCUCUUCUUGAGUCCACAAAUGAAGACCAACAAAGACAGGUGUUUUGCACUCUCCUUGCACAUUGCUACAGACUACUGUUGGCAGAGGGGGUCGAUGAAAGAGUACAUCUUGAAUGUUUGAAAAUUAUGGAAGCAAUGCUGGAGCAAGGUGCACCAGCUCUGUUGACGUUUUUCACAGAUGCUGACCUCACCAAAGUUCUUCUUGCAAGACAAACAACCAAUAGAAGAUUCUUCAAUCAAUUGUUUUCUGCUGCUGAAAAGAGCCCUGGAGGUCCUUUGGAGGCCUUGUGCAUUGCAACUGUUUCACGUCUCUCGGGAGUAGAGAGGAAAGAGUUAUCAGAAUGGCUAAGGCACCUCUUGCUUGGCCAACUGUGUCUGGAUUCUCCAGAGGUGCCUUCAGAUGAAGCGCCUGAACCAGCUGAAACCACGGCCAGCAAAAAAACUUCUGGGCCCGAGCAAAUAGAGAAUCAGCAGCUGCUGCGAUACCUUGUCUCUUAUAUUGUGAAAGAGGGUCCUGCCUCAGAGGCGUUGUCGAGAACAAUUUUGGAGGCCCUCAUACCAAUAGGCUCAAGACUUUUGUCCCUGGACAUGCCAGGAACAGGUUUUUCGGAUGUGAUGCAGAUCAUGGUUACGCUGGCAAAUUCAGGAUCUCGAAGAGGCCACAUUCACUUGUUCUGUGCGGCUACAUUGUGGCUUGAGCAAUGCAAAGAAUUCAUUUUGGAUGGAGACACUUUGAAGCAAAUUGAAAAGGAGCAAGUUUUGACAGGAAAAGUGAGGGACAUUGUGGAAGCUGCUGGCCAGCUGCUUUGCUACGUGGCUGAUAUCAUCGGGGCCUUGGGAAUCUCCCAAAACAAUGCUCUGAUCGGAGAAAGAGCUCAGUCUCCUUGGGACAGUUGUGACCUCAGCCCUCCUGACACUCUAGACUGUGAAUGGAUGGAGGAGUGGAUGGGUGGAGACGAUGAAGAUAGCACUGGCGAAGACUCUGAUGAAGAUAGUCUCUGCAACAAACUUUGCACUUUCACUCUCACCCAGAAAGAAUUCAUGAAUCAACACUGGUAUCACUGUCACACGUGCAAAAUGGUUGAUGGCGUAGGUGUAUGCAGCGUUUGCGCCAGAGUUUGCCACAAGACACACGACGUGACUUACGCAAAGUAUGGCAACUUCUUUUGUGACUGCGGAGCCAAGGAUGACAACUCCUGUUUGGCUCUUUCAAAACGCAGUCCUGAGCCACAACCGGCGCCACCUUUCAGCGCAGAUUCGUCACAGCCACGAAGAGCCACUUCAUCACCUAUUCCUGAGCGCUCAGAAAGAGCCAGAGACGACAAGGCUCGUCACCGUGCUGCCCUUGCUCAACAGCUUGAGGCUUGUGGUGAAGCUCUUAUGCACCAUGCUGCUGGAAGCCCGUUGGUUGGCUCUCUGUUGGAAUUGGCCUGCUUGCUUGUAGGCGCUGUCAGAGCUGCUUGCGACAGAAACAGCUCGGUUGGAUGCCAUACCAGAGCUCAGCAAGCUCUUCUCCGCUUGCACACCCAACCGAAAACGUUUGAAGCCUGUGACCAGUUGAUGGUGCCCACUCUUGGGUCUCAAGAAGGUGCUUUCGAGAACGUGCGCUCUAACUAUCCUGGAGACCAAGGCCAGACUAUCAGGCAGCUCCUGUCUGCUCACAUGAUCCGCAGAGUGGCUAUGUGCUGCUUGAGCUCUCCACAUGGCAGACGCCAGCACUUAGCUGUUAGCCACGAAAAGGGCAAAAUCACUGUUCUUCAGCUGAGUGCCCUCCUCAAGCAGGCUGACUCCUCAAAGAGGAAACUUACCCUGACCAGACUUGCUUCGGCUCCAGUGCCUUUCACUGUUCUGUCCAUUACUGGAAACCCAUGCAAUGAAGAUUUCUUGGCCGUGUGCGGUCUAAAGGAUUGCCAUGUUUUAACAUUCAGUGGUUCAGGGACUGUGUCCCAGCACUUGGUGCUGCAUCCCCAUCUUGAGACUGGAAACUACAUAAUCAAGGCUGUCUGGCUGCCAGGUUCUCAAACGAGGCUGGCUUUAAUCACUGCAGACUUUGUCAAAGUUUACGAUCUUUCCAAGGAUGUUCUCAGUCCGCAGUUCUACUUCCUAGUGCCAAGUGGCAAAAUCAGAGAUGCCACGUUUGUGUUUGCGGAGGACUCUGACCCAGCAUUGCUGCUCAUGUCAUCAGCAGGUUACAUCUACUCGCAAACCAUGGGCCCUGAUAGCUCUGCAGAGCAUGGACCUUUCUAUGUCACAAACACGCUUGAGGUAAAUCACCCUGACGUCAAAGAUGCCAAUGGUCUGAUAGCAGGUGGUGGCGUGUCAGUCUAUUAUUCCCACACACUGCAGCUGCUCUUCUUCAGCUACAACCAGGGCAAAAGCUUCUUGGCUUCGCUCAACAAAGACCUGCAUCUUGGAGCUGUUUUCCAGAUUCAGCUUGCCAAGGCAGGCAAAGCCAGUCAGACGCAAGCUGCUCAGCCUCUUUGCCAAUGGUCGGAGGUUCCAAAUCACCCUGGCCUUGUUUGCAGUGUUCUUCAAUCGUCAAACAAUCCUGUGAUCCUCAUGCUGAGACCAGACACAGUUCUAGUUCAGGAGAUCAAGGUUGUGCCAGCCAAGGCAAAAAUCAUGGACAUGGUGGCGAUCAGACAUGCAGCAUCAGGCUCAGAAUUGAGAACGACAUUGAUACUUUUGUGUGAGGAUGGCAGUCUUCGCAUCUACAUGGCCGGCCAAGAGCACACUUCUUUCUGGCUUGCUGUUCAACCAGCUAGCAAAUCAUCCAAGAGACGUAAAACAGCUGCUAUCAAAACUUUGAGCAAAGCAGCCAAGCCGAAUGCUGCCCCAGCAUUCCCUGUGGACUUUUUUGAGCACUGUCAGUUGAUGAGUGAGGUUGAAUAUGGUGGCAAUGACGUUCUUGAGACAUAUAAUACAGAGCAGAUCAAGAAUAGGUUUGCUAAGCAGGGUCAGUACAUUGCCAACAACAGACCUGCUGGCUUUACCGUUGAGGUCAACAACGCUGAUCCCUCUAUGGUUAUGACUGGAGUUAGGAUUCAGGUGGGUUCUCAAGACCCAUUAAGAAGUCCCACUUUUGUGGAAGUGCAAGGUCGCAGCAUUCAGCUAAAUGUCACCGGCUCAAGAUGGUUCGACUUCCCUUUAACGAGAGAAGAAAGCCUGCAAGCUGAUAGGAAGUUGUCAGUUACCUUCGGCCCAUCCCAAGAUCCAGAAUACGUCACAAUGCUAGACUCAAUGCUCAUCUAUGGCAAAACGAAGGAUUCUUUUGGUUGGCCUGAAGAAAAUGAAGAGCCUGGCUCUUCAAAUGGAGUAGUCGCAGCUGGAAACGGAGACGCUGAAAAUUUGUGUGCUUUAGAGCCUUUGACCUCAUUGGAGAAGGUUGUGUCGGGAGUACUUGAAGUGUUAGACGGUUCCUUCACAUUGUUUGGCUGUCUGGAAGAGAAACAGAUGCAGCAGAAAAUUGUCACUGUUGAGUUGGCCACUAAAAUGCUCACUCUGCCAACCUCAAACACAAUUCAGACUCAUGCCAAAUCUCUGUUGGCUGCACUCCACUCUAGCCGUGGAAACUAUUACGACUUUAAGGAUCGCGCAAUUAUGGAGCACUUGGUUUCAGUCCUUGAUGAGCUUUCAAGCAUUCCAGAAGCGAGAGACUUGGACGCUGAGGCCUUCUACCGUGUGGUUUUGAUGGCUCGCAGUAUCGCAGCAGCACGUCCCAACAAUCUGCACAAGAUGGCCGAAAGCUUGUAUCAGAAACGGCCAAGACCUUUUGUGGCGCAUUUGCUGGAUAUAUUUUGGAGAUUGCACGCAGCACGUCCCACAAACUCCUCUCUUGCUCCGGUUUGUGUUCCUGGACUUCGCCAUGUUGAAACGACUGUGCAUGCCCUGGUGGAAAUCAUACAUGCCUUUUCUGUCUGCGAUGUUGAACAGGUUCCACUUGCAGCACAGCAUUAUCUACAAUUGCUACUCUGCCCCGACGCCCAAGUGUCGUUCAGUAGCAAACAAGCGCUGAUUAGAGUUUUGCGCCCCAGACAACGCAGCAGGAAACGUGUAGCAUCUCCACCUCCGCCUUCACCUCCUGGAACUGACGUUGACACAGCUGAGCCUAUCCGAAUGCUUGGAGGAGAAGUGGCUGCCGGAGUGCCACCUCCGCUGCCUCCUGCCAAUCCCAUUGAGGCUCUUUUGAACGCUGGUGGCGGUUUUCCGCCCCUGCUCGACAUACCACCUGAGGCCAUGGACGAGACAAUGAUGGAACUGGCCAUAGCUCUAAGCUUGCAAGAAGAUGGUGACCAAGUUGCUAAUCUGCUCACUGUCCAGCAAAACCUGCAACAGGGAAUGCAGAAUUUGGAGGCGCAACAAGCGGCGCACCAGGCUCUUCAGAAUCUGCAAGUUCUUGCUGGUCAAGCAGGUCCUAGCCAAGCUCCAGAAGCAGGCCACCUGUCAGACACAACAGCCUCAGCUCCAUGCUCCGACGAUGAAGGCUCAAACGCCGCAACUGAUGGCAGCACUUUACGCACUUCACCAGCAGAACAGGGUGGCUCAGAGAGUGGAGGAAGUGGUGCGGAGAGCUUUGAAAUGUACGCAGUGGGACGUUCUGACGAGCCAUCCAAGAUAUCCAGCGGCCAGAAAGAAAGCCAACCGUUGGCAGAACAACAACAAGAGGUGGCCGAGGCUCGUUCUCUUCUCGUAGAGAGACUUCUUCUGGAAAAGCUUCUCGAAUUUGUCCCAAAACUGCAAGAAGUUGGCGGCGUCCAGGCUAUACCUCUUCUGCAAGUCAUCCUGAUUCUGACCUCUGACCUUGAUGGUGAGGACACCAGAGACCGACACUGCCUGGAGGCACUUCUGGCUGCACUGAUUAGCGAGCUGGGCAUCAAACGUCCCGUUGACAUGUCUGCUGCCUCUGAAUGCAGACGCACGCCGCUGGUUGAAGUACAUCUCGUGAUGAUGCGCUUCCUCAGUGUCCUAAUGAGUCGUGCCAAGGCAGCAAGCAAAGCUGCCACAUCUAGUGACGCCUAUGUUUCUCAGACAACGGCUUCUGGUCUUGUCGAAAGUCAAGCCAUUGACUAUUGUCUCUCGCUGCUGCAAGGCCUGCUCAUUUACUGGAAGGGACAAGAGAGCGGCCAAGUGACUACAGCUCCAGGCUUCCUGAAAUCCCAGCCUGUUGCCGCUCCUCCGGACAUGUCACCUUUCUUCCUCAAGCAGUAUGUUAAAGGCUUGGGUGGAGACGUUUUUGAGUCGUACCCACAGCUGCUGACGGAAAUGGCUCUGCGCUUACCCUAUCAAGUUCUGAAGCACUCGGAUGGAGCUGCUGCCCUUUUUGGUCAGCAAUGGAGACAGAUUCUCUGCGACUACAUGAUGACUGCACAGGCUCCCUUUGUGCGGAGACAAGUUCGAAAGUUGCUCAUGUUCUUGUGUGGCAGCAAAGACAAGUAUCGUCAAAGUCGGGAUUUGCAUGCACUUGAAUUCCACAUGGGCAGAGCCACCAACUUGGCUACUGAAGCCCUUGCUUAUGACCAACUAGUUCAGCUCAUGGAACAUCUGAAGGCCUGUCUUGAAGUGGCAACCAGCAGACCUAACAACUGGCAGAACUUCUGCCUAGCCUCUGAACCGUUGAUUCCCUUCUUGUUCAAAGCCAGUUGCACCUUGGAUGAAGGCGUCUGUCCAACUGUACUUCAGCUUCUUCAACACGCUAUAUGCAGACCAAGCAGAGAGCGUGAGAGGUCAGUAGAAUCUGACGAUGAUAAACCAGACUGCUCAGUACUUGUUGGCUAUGUAAACAAAAAUGUUCCUUCUGAGGUCAUGGCCCAAUUCAUCAAAACCUUCCUGCUGGAGACAAACGCUGCAUCUGUCCGCUGGCAGGCACAUGAGCUAGUACUCAGUCUGUUUGAGCACUCCAAUGAUGCUGAGCAGCAACACCUUCUUGGUCUUCUUUGGACUUUCUGGCCCAGUUUGAAGACUUACGGAAAAAAGGCCGCACAAUUUGUUGACCUCUUGGGCUACUUCUCCAAACAGACUGCAGACAAGAACGGAAAACUUCAAGAAAUGGUUGAUCUGGCUGUUGAAGCUCUUAAGGCGCAAAACCAAGUUCUAGCUCAACAUCCAAACACAUCGAUCUACAGCAAACUUGGCCAGUUCAUUGAACUAGACGGCUAUUACUUUGAGAGCAGGCCUUGCCUUGUGUGCAACAGCCCUGAGGUGCCUCUCUCCAGCAUUAAGCUGUCAGCCGUCAAAGUUGACUCAAAGUUCACAACUACGACGCAGAUAGUGAAACUCGUUGGAAGUCACUCAAUCAGCCGUAUCACUUUACGCAUUGGAGAUAUAAAGCGGGCCAAGAUGCUGCGCACCAUCAACAUUUACUACAACAAUCGUACUGUACAGGCUGUGGUUGAGCUGAAGAAUAAGAUGUCUAUGUGGCACAAGGCAAAGCGAGUCACUCUCACAUCUGGCCAGACUGAAGUGAAGGUCGACUUCCCUCUGCCUAUUGUUGCCUGCAAUUUGAUGAUCGAGUACUCUGACUUUUAUGAGAAUAUUCAAGCGUCUUCAGAGACGCUGCAGUGUCCCAGGUGUGGAGUGUCUGUGCCAUCAAAUCCAGGAGUUUGCGGAAACUGUGGUGAAAAUGUUUUCCAAUGCCACAAGUGCAGAGCCAUUAAUUACGACGAAAAGGACCCAUUCUUGUGCCAUGCUUGCGGCUUCUGCAAAUAUGCAAAGUUUGAAUACACUUUGGUGGCACGGGCCUGCUGUGCUGUGGAUCCAAUCGAAAAUGAUGAUGACCGGCGCAAAACGCUUGCAGCCAUAGCUACUAUGCAGGAGCGUGCAGAUCGGGUGUACAAGCAGCUUACUGCUAUUAGACCCACUAUUGAGAACAUUUUGCACAAUGUCGAAGAGGGGCAGGUUGCAUCAUCUGAAGAAACACCGUCCUCAAGCUCCACAUCAGGAGGUGCCUCUACCACUCAUGUUAAGCACAAAAUCCAACUUUUGGCCCAAAGAUACUGCACAGAUUGCAAGGGGUCAUUUGAAGAACUUGGAAAAAUCUCUCAAAAGGUUCUCGCAUGCCGAGAGGAAAUUGUUGCUUAUGACCGCAAGCAGCGUGACAAUGCCCCGCGCGCUCGUGGAAGCCGCAGCCUGUCCCACUCAUGCAAGGGUUGCUACGGAUGCGCCAGCGCCACAAUGGAACACUGUCUCACCUUGUUGAAGGCAUUGGCCUCGAUCUCCAGCCCCAAAGAGCUUCUGCGACGCAGUGGACUUGUGAGUGAGCUGGUCGAACGAAAUUUGCACCGUCGAAGUGCCAGCGUGCAACAGCAGGUGCGCCAGUUGCUGUGUCUGCUUGCUCGAGACCAGCCAGACACAACUGCCGAGCUCUGCCAAUUGCUCACUGACCGCAUCUCCGUAGCCCUCUCGGCACCUUCAUCAGGGCAAUUAAGCGUGCAGCCAGAGAUGAGUCUUUUGUCCUCCCUAAUUUGCACAGAGGACUCUUGCUGGGAAGAAAAGUUGCGUUGUGUGGUGCGUCUUUACUUGGCUGCAGUGCAGCAGGCGUCUCCCCCAGUUACAGAAGCAGUGCUUUUGCCGUGCUUGCACAUCCUUCUGGGGCUGAUGAACCCACCCAAGCCAACCACACAGGCCCAUAAAGAAAAAAGCGUGCUUCAGAUGGCCAGCGUCGCUCCGUCUCAAGACUCCACUCUCAGUCUAGACGCUUGGCUUAACGGCGACGCGAGGCACUCAUUUGCCAGAUGGCGUGCUCGUCACCAGAGCAGACAAGAACCGACCUCCAGGGAAGAGGCCAGGGCUGCUUACUUGGGUCACAAAUACCUGCGCAGGUGGAGAGCUUCAGCUGGACAUCAUGUACCGCGUCUCAGGUUCUCACAGGCCUCGUGGCUGAAACAUGUUCUCUUCAAUCAAGGCUCCAGAGUUGCCAGGCAAGCAGCUUGCAAGAUGCUCGAGACCUUCUUUGCCUGUCAGGUACCACAAAGAAAGCAAGAGCUGCUGAACCUCUUAACGGAAUUCCUUGAUGACCUCAGUUCGGCUGGAGAGACGUCUGCCGAGUUUCUUGCCCUCUACCGCACUCUGAUCCAAGCAGACUGUUGGAAACGAUACCUGGCCCUGCGGGGUACUCUUGUACGCCUGGCAGAUCUGAUCAGCCGUGAAAUCAGCCAGCUGAGCAAACAGGAGGAAGGGUCACUCGACCUUGCCGAAGGCUUUGCUCUGAAGGCCCUGACUGAGUUGCUGGCCUGCUUUAUGGAGCAUGACGCCAUCAAGAGACUCUACAAGGGCCGUCUUGUGGGUGCAGUGCUAAACGGCUACCUUGCACUACGCAGACUGGCUGUCCAGCGCACGAGACUCAUUGAUGAGACGCAAGACAAGUUGUUUGAGCUCCUGGAAGAGAUGACUAGUGGCACUGAGGCGGAAACAAACGAUUUCAUGCGCAUUUGUCUUGACGCUGUUGAACGAUGCGAGGUGGAUGAUGAUUUGACGCCGGUGUUCAUUUUGGAGCGGUUGUGCUCUAUUAUCAGCCCUGAGGAAAAUGAUGUUGGCGACUUCCUUCUCACCUUAGACAAAGAUCCUCAGCAGGAAGACUUUUUGCAGGGAAGAAUGCUCGGAAAUCCUUACACAAGCUCUGAGCCAGGACUGGGACCGCUCAUGCGAGAUGUGAAGAACAAAAUCUGCCAAGAUUGCGAACUGGUGGCUUUGCUCGAAGAUGAUAAUGGCAUGGAGCUUCUGGUCAACAAUAAAAUUAUCAGUCUCGAUCUGCCAGUCAGAGAAGUGUACAAGAAAAUUUGGCUGCUUGAGGGUGAUGGAGAGGCCAUGAGGGUUGUUUACCGAAUGAGAGGCUUGCUUGGGGAUGCAACAGAAGAAUUUGUAGAGACCCUAGACAACAAGAGUAAACAGCAGGUGGACAACGAGCAGGUUUACAAAAUGGCCAAUGUAAUGGCCGAGUCAGGAGGAAUUCAGAUCUUGCUGAAAAGGCUCAUGUGUGUUACAAAUGUUCUGAGAUCAAAGCCAUUGCUGCAGGUGCUCUUGAAAUUAUUCCUCCUCUGCACAAAGGUGAGAAGCAACCAAGAGCUGUUGGCUACCCCAUCAGUCGGUGCCAUCGAAGUUUUCUUGGCCACUGCAGAGCGGUGUCUGUCAGCAGGAAAAGCGGCCGAGCCACGUCUCACAGAACAAAUUCUGGCCAUCAUGGAGACUAUUCUCACCCUAGCAGCCGAUAAACCUCUUGAUCAUUUCCUGCUACUAACCAGAACUGACAAGGGUGCUGGCCACGUUAAAGAUCUUCUGCAAUUUGCUGCAACGGGAGAGGUCAGCCUGCAACUACUUGAACACCUUGCAAAGGUAGCUGGUGCCCUGAGCUAUGGAGACCCUGCUCGAAUGACCGUCCUGACUGAUUACCUGGCGCCUGUAUUUGAUUUUGAAAAGUAUGAUCAGUCGCGCAGCGCUGAGGAAGAGCAGAAGAUGGAGUUCUUGUGCCUGCUUGCAUCUGGAAUGGACCACAAUGCUGCUGGCAGCACUUUGAAAGACCACCUGAACCAACUGGGGGUUGUUCGCAGAGCAGUCGAUUACAUUGCCGCCCACGCCCCACCUGCCACCCCACUGCUGCUUGUACCAGGCACAGACGCGUGGAAGGACUUCAUUUCCAGGCCUGCCCUGAAGGCAAUUCUCAGACUGCUGGCUGGACUUGCUACCCAACACGAACCAACUCAGCUGGAAGUUUCUACCCCCGAGUGCAUUGCUGUUCUGCACAGACUUGAGCAAGUUUCAUCAGAAGAAAGGGUCGGUUCACUGUCUGAAAAUUUGCUUGAAGCCCUGGGCACAAAUGAGGCUGUCAAAGAAAGAAUUGAACAGGUACGACAACACACUCGAGCUGAGAAGAAAAGACUGGCCAUGGCAAUGAGGGAGAAACAACUAGGCUCCCUUGGCAUGCACACAAAUGAAAGGGGGCAAGUCACAGCCAGCAGCUCUUUGCUUUCACAAAUGGAAGAGCUGGGAGAGGAAACAGGACUAGUCUGCGUCAUCUGUCGAGAGGGCUAUCGUUGCCAGCCAAGCAAGGUACUGGGCAUUUACACAUUUACAAAGCGGUGUGCCUUUGAAGAGGAGGAGCGCAAACAACGCCGAGCUCUGGGCUACUCUACUGUCAGCCACUUCAAUGUGGUUCAUGUCGAUUGCCACAUGGCCGCUGUCCGUCAGGCCCGAACUCGAGACGAAUGGGAGUCGGCUGCUUUGCAAAAUGCAAACACCAGGUGCAAUGGUCUUCUGCCGCUCUGGGGUCCUUCGGUGCCUGAAUCUGCCUUUGCCAGCUGCCUUGCCAGACACAACACCUACCUUCAGGAAUGCACUGGACACAGAGACAUCUCGUACUCCAGCACAGCUCAUGACCUGAAACUGCUGCUCCUCAAGUUUGCACAUGAGCGAUCUUUCAACGAAGACACUAGUGGUGGUGGCCCUGAGUCCAACAUGCACCUUCUGCCAUAUUUGAUCCACAUGGCUCUAUAUGUUCUCAAUACCACUCGUUGUGCUGCCCGCGAAGAAAAGUCCUUGGCUAGUUAUUUGAAUGCAAAUGCAGAGACCUGGGUGAUCAAUUCCUUUGUGCCCGAAGGUCCUUUGUAUUGGUGUGUCAUGUCGCUGCUCCUUCGUUCAACCAAGAAAUGGGAGCAGGAGGAUGGAGUGGCCCACUUGAGGCGGCUGCUUUUCCUUGCGCAGGCCAGGAAUUUGGAAAAGACAAACACUCAGCAAGUGAAAGCAACAAAGCUGUCGGACACCUCCGUGAAAGAUUACGUCGUCUACAAACCGUUCCUCAUGUUCUACGGUCUUGUUGAUGGCCUCUACAAAAAUUGCUUCAAGAAGGUGAACUGUAGCACUGAAGAACAGUGGCCAAGUGCACUGGCUGAGUACAUCCGGCACAAUGAUGAGGCCCUCUUGAAGGCGUGCAACCAACUUCUCACAUUCUACUCUGAUGAACUGCUGCCUUGCGCCUCUUUUGACGAGUUCUGUGACGUUGUUGGUUUGCUUGGAGAUAUCAGCAACCCUGAGGCUUUCUUAUCUGAUGCUUUGAAGGGUGUGUCCGGAUAGCAGAGCAGCCCGUGUCUCUUACCUUUGCUUGCCCACACUUUAAACUCGCUUUUCAGCAGGUGCAGACACGACUAAAACUGCUUCGUUUGCAGAUGAUAUAGUUCUCUCAUUCACUAUUUUGUUUUAAGAAUUUGGAUUUGAUAAUUGGUGGUGAUGCUAAUAAAAUAAAUAAUUAAUCAUAA